GAAUGUGAAAAUGAGCAGUAAUAAGAAAACCGCUAUCAAGAUCAAUGAUUCCUUUGCCCCCAAGACCAAUGAUAAUAAUGUAUCUGAGAGCAAUUAUUCUAGCAACCUAUCAUUUUCUGCACUGAGAACCAGACAAUGA